CUCUCUGACACAGUCACCAUCUUCUGUGAAGUCAGACUAACAGUCUGUAGAUGUCUGAUAAAUGGUGUUGUUCAUCCCUGAUAUGGCUGGUCAUCUGUUUCUGGUCAUCCUCCUUUUCGACACCUUCCAAUACAUCGAAGCCCAAGGUCAUCACCUUCCUCCUCCCAGUCUGACAGUGAGGCCCGCAGUCAUCAAAGAGAGAGACUCAGUUCAGCUGAGUUGUGAGACGCCUCCAUCUCUCCUUGUGUCUCACUGUUACUUCUACAUAAAAGGGAGGAAGAAUCUUCCAGACAAAUCCUGUACUCAGACACUCACAGGAACAGAGCUGCUCAAGAGGGCAGAUCAAACGUUUCCAGAUGUGGUCAAGGUGGCGUGUUACUAUGCUGUAGGGAGGUCUCACAUAUCUCCUUUAAGUGACCCUGUCUCAGUCACUGUUCAGGAAACUGAAACAGCUGUGCAAUUUUGGCAGGGAGCAGUGGGUGUGGCUUCUGGAGUGGCCUUGUUCCUGAUGGGAUUGACAGCUGUCUGUCUCUGCAGGGGGACCAGGAAAACCAAUUCUCGGAGACCUACAUCCAGACAGGAUGAUCACAGACAAUGUGAUUUGGUGAUGGGAGCAGUGAGCAGUGCAGGCAUGUUGGAUUCAAGGGAUGCUGGAAUCUAUUCUCCCAUCACCACUGUACCGUCCACGUUCUUGUCCUCAGGCCCUGUUGAAGAAAAUGGAAAGUCACCCGAAAACGACAAUUCUGAUACGUACCACGUAUACAGCUCAAUCCCCGACAGACCAGUAACCUCAGCCCAGCCGGAUGGGUUGUACAGUCUUCUGCAGACACACUGACACUACAUCACUGGCUUUGUGUCGCUAUGUCUCAAACAUCUCACACAAAUACUCUUUCUCACAUGAUGUCCUUUAUUAUCACUCUUCAAGUUACUGUAAAUAAGUCUCUUAGCAGGUAAUAUAUAUUUUACAUAUGGACACCUGGCUUAUGUUACAUGCCCGUCCAUAAUAUAUGUUACUGUGUUAGCAUUUUUAUUUUGGAGUAUUGGAGGAGUUUGGAGCAUAAUUUUAUUUUUUCCUCCUAGUAAAUGCUGUAUUUAUGUAUAUUCUGUGUGAUUCCUCCUUCCAUAACGGUUGGAUAAUAUUUCUUAAAUAAAAUGUGUUCGGAG